AGGAGUAAUUGAGAAAUGAAACACCACCAUUCGCUGGUGAAGGCAUUUUUCCAAAGUAAAAAACUCGUCUUUUUCUCGUGUUGUGGUCUUGGGGAGACUUGCUUGUCGCUCGUCCAGGAAUCUAGAGCCCCUCCAUCACCCACUUCUAAGAAUUCGCGAAAGUGGGCUUUCGUGGGUGUGCUCCAUUUCAAUGGCCUGAUGGGGAAUCGAAACCCAGAUUUCGAGCUGCAGAGAAUUCGAAAACAAUCAGUGUUACACUAGGUUCAAAACAUCGGGAAAUGGACCAAGCUCGGGCGGAUUUUUCCACAAAGAUAGACAGUCAGAUUCCGGGGACAUCCCCAAAUUCAACUGUUUCCGAGAUGCCCACUUGUUCCGUUCUUGAAGAUUCCACCAAAUCGAAACCUCCGUUGAGACAGACCGAGAUUUUCAAAGCCAUUGAAGUCGUCGAGAAAGACUCUCUCGCCAUAGCUGAGAGCUUCACCUCUCUCUUUGCUUCCCUCCGUUCGGCUCUCUCCGAGGCCUCCGGCAACUCUAUUGAUCAUAUGCAUUGCUUCAGUGACGCUGCAGGCUGCCUUCAAGAAUCUGUGCUUGAUGCGGCAACAAAGGGUAAUCGGUACAUUAAUUCUUCAUUGAGACAAACUUUGAAAUACCUUAUGGAAGACGGUGGAUUCUGCCAUAUAAAUGCUUGAACAAGGAAGAGCAAGAAAAUUGAAUCAGGAAAUGAAAGGCAUUGACAAUCUAGCUGCUCAGCUGUAUCCUUUCCUUUCGUGUCUUUUCCCCACCAUAUUUCUAUUUCAUAAUUUCUUCUGUUUAUCUGCAUUACCCAGUUCCUUAAUUCUUGCUUAGCAAAGUUCUGAGGAAGAACGUCGACGCUCUAGACUCGGCCGUGAACAAGCUCCUUGAUUUUCCAUGAGCUCGGCACGGUGGUUGUUGAUGUUUCAAGGUCAAGAAUUAUUGUUUCAUUAGAUUGUGAGAAUGCAGUUCACUCCGUAGUUUCCUUCACAUUACAUGUUGAGCUCUUUGAUGUAUUUAGCUAGUUAUAGGGGUGAAUAAAUCUUCUUUAUCGUUGAAUAGUGUAACUGUGUUCUCAAUAAUUAAUGUCACUUUUCUUCAAGAA